ACAAGAACCUUUUAUAUUCAUAGUGGGAGGUUCACAUACUCAAAAGAUAAACAUAUUUAGAGAGAGAGAGAGAGCGAGAGAGAGAGAGAGAUGGCAACUUUCCCAGUGAUCAACAUGGAGAAACUCGACGGAGAAGAAAGGGCAGCGACAAUGGAAAUGAUAAAAGAUGCUUGUGAGAGCUGGGGCUUCUUCGAGUUGGUGAAUCAUGGACUAUCUCAUGAGCUCAUGGACACUGUGGAGAGAAUGGCAAAAGAACAUUACAAGAAAUGUAUGGAACAAAGAUUUAAGGAAAUGGUGAAUAGCAAAGGACUUGAAGCUGUUCAAAAUGAAGUAAAUGAUUUAGACUGGGAAAGCACUUUCUUCUUGCGCCAUCUUCCUGUUUCAAAUAUCUCGGAAGUCCCUGAUCUCGAAGAGGAAUACAGGAAGGUUAUGAGGGAAUUUGCUGGAAAAUUGGAGAAACUGGCUGAGGAGCUUCUGGAUUUACUAUGUGAAAAUCUUGGACUAGAGAAAGGUUACCUCAAGAAGGCAUUGAGUGGCGCUAAAGGACCUAACUUUGGCACUAAAGUCAGCAACUACCCCCCGUGUCCUCGGCCAGAACUUAUAAAGGGCCUCCGGCCACACACAGAUGCUGGUGGCAUAAUCCUGCUCUUCCAGGAUGACAAGGUCAGUGGCCUUCAGCUCCUCAAAGACGGGGAAUGGGUUGACGUCCCACCCAUGCGUCACUCCAUUGUCAUAAACAUUGGUGACCAACUUGAGGUGAUCACGAAUGGAAAGUACAAGAGUGUGAUGCACCGAGUGAUAGCACAAACUGAUGGGAACAGAAUGUCUAUUGCUUCAUUCUACAAUCCUGGAAGUGAUGCUGUAAUCUAUCCAGCACAAGCCUUGGUAGAGAAAGAGGAGAAUAAAGAAGCAUACCCAAAAUUUGUGUUUGAGGACUACAUGAAACUUUAUGCUGGCCUCAAAUUUCAGGCCAAGGAACCCAGAUUUGAAACCAUGAAGAAGAUGGAAAGCACAGUUAAAUUGGGUCCAAUUGCAACUAUCUGAAUAUUAUUUGCCUUAAUCCAUGUAAUCUAAUCCAGUACUAUACCCCCUGCGUGCGCUUCAUUUCUACGCGAAGUUCAUGUGGUUAUGCAUAUGGAAGCUAGUGAGUCCGUAGUGCUUGGAUGAUUUUAGCGUGUGUGUGCAUGGCUUGUGUUAUUUUAUGGUGAUUCUACUAUGAAUGAAAAUUAUUAUCUUGCUUGAAGAAAUCUA